AGAGUGUCCGUUAGCUCGGACAGAUAGGCGACUAACAAAUAAAAUUUUAUUAUUAUUAUUAUUAUUAUUAUUAUCCAGUCCAGCAUCCUAUUCUCACAGUGACCAACCAGAUGCCUCUAGGAAGCCCACAAAAAGGACCUGAUUGCUAUAGUAUUCUCCCUACUUGUGAUUCUUAUUCCUAGUAACUAGUUUUCAGAGGAAUACUGCUUCCAACAGUGAAGUCAUCAUGGCUAGUAGCCACUGAUAGCCCAAUCCUCCAUGAAUUUGUCGUCAUGAAUCAUCUUUUAAAGCUAGAGGACCCCCAAGCCAUGACCACGUCCAGUUCUGUCCUGUGGGCAGUCGAUAUCUUUGGCAGAGUCUACACGCUUUCCACCACUGGCCAGUACUGGGAACUCUGUAGAGAUGGGGAGCUGGAGUUUAAGCGGGUUUCUGCUAUCAAGCAGUGCUGCUGGGGAAUUGCGUGCGAUCAUCAUGUUUAUGUCUACAUCCACUUCAGUGAUGUCCCUAUCCGAUACCAGGAGGAAACCUAUGAGAAUCAGCGCUGGAAUCCAGUGAUCGGCUUCUGUGAAAAAUUAUUACCCAGUGAUCGCUGGCAGUGGAGCAAUGUGAGUGGGCUGAAGCAUCAGAAGCUCGAAAGCUUUGAGUUGCCGUCGCCUCACUGGGAAUGGGAAUCUGAUUGGUAUGUGGAUGAGAAUUUUGGAGGGGACCCCACAGAGAAAGGGGGCUGGACAUAUGCUAUAGAUUUCCCAGCCACCUACACCAAAGACAAGAGGUGGAAUUCCUGUGUGCGACGUAGACGGUGGAUUCGGUACAGGAGAUACAAGUCACGAGAUACAUGGGCAAAGAUUCCAUCCCAUGAGGACCCCAAGCAAUUGCCCGAUCCUUUCAAUGAUCUCUCAGUUGGAGGAUGGGAGAUUACUGAUGAGCCUGUGGGGCGGUUAUCGGUCUGGGCUGUCUCUUUGCAAGGGAAGGUCUGGUACAGGAAUGAUGUCUGUCAUCACAAUCCAGAAGGUUCUUCAUGGUCCUUUAUUGCCACCCCUGGCGAAGCUGUGCAGAUCAGCUGUGGACCGUACGAUCUCCUCUGGGCAACCCUUUGGGAAGGACAGGCAAUCGUGAGGGAAGGGAUCGACAGGAACAGCCCUCAAGGAAUUUCUUGGACAAUUGUGGAACCUCCAGUCCCAGAUAACGGAAUCUUACAUGUGUCUGUGGGUGUGAAUGUGGUCUGGGCAGUUACCAAAGACAGAAAAGUCUGGUUCAGAAGAGGUGUGAAUUCACACAAUCCAUGUGGCACCGGUUGGAUUGAGAUGGUCGGUGAGAUGAUGAUGGUGAAUGUGGGCUUAAAUGACCAGGUCUGGGGGAUCAGCAGUGAGGACAGAGCCGUUUAUUUCCGUCAAGGUGUCACACCAAGCGAGCUGAGUGGAAAAACAUGGAAGGCAAUUGUUUGCAGCCGAGACAGUGACCGAUCACAGACUGGCAGCUCAACAAGUCUCCUCAGUGCUGGCUGUUUCUUUACGGAUGACAUCAAGGAACAAAACAGUUCCAUAUUCCGAAGUGAUGGAGACCUUCCAUCUGAUACCGAGGUACCUCUGGUUCUAGACAAUGUUUUCCUUCCCGGAUCUGCGGCUGGUGACAACAGGUCCCACCAGGUAGCAGAAUUGGAUGCAGACCCAGUUGUGACUCUUGUACCCUCCCCUCUUGAAGAAGCCACCCCUUCUACAGAUAAAGGGCUUAAUGACGUCCCAGAAACACAAAUCUCGGAUCCAGAUUCUCAACCAGCUGAAUUGCAAUGGACUAAUAUUGACUUGAAGGGGGCAAAGAAGCCAGCUGCGACGUCUGCCAGUGCUUUAGCUGAGGCAUCCAGCCUGUCCUCUUUUAGCACAUUAUCGAUUGGCAUAGAGGAUCAUUUUGUAGCUGAUGAGCAUCCAUUGUGGGCCUGGGUCUGUGGCGGAGGCUGCUUUGUGGAUUCACACAGCUCUCUUAAGUGGUUCACAGUACAGUCAGCUUUAUCAUCUUCUGGGCCGUCUCUCUCUCUGUCCAUCACCCCAGCACAGAACGCCAUGUGGCGGAAACAGAUCUUCCAGCAACUCACGGAAAGGACUCGUCGGGAAUUGGAGAACUUCCGACACUAUGAACAGGCUGUCGAGCAGUCUGUCUGGGUCAAAACUGGAACCUUGCAAUGGUGGAGAAGCUGGAAGCCUUACCGAUGGAUCGAUGUGCGGGUGGCCCUCGAGCAAUUCACUGGGAAUGAUGGCACACGGGACAGUAUCCUCUUCGUUUAUUACCUGCACUAUGAGGAGAAGAAGUACAUCCAUGUGUUCCUCAACGAAGUCACCAUCCUGGUUGAGAUCCUCAAUGAGGCCAAGCAUUCCUUUGCUCUGUAUACACCAGAAAAAACCAAGCAACGCUGGCCCAUCCGUCUAGCAGCUGCCACCGAGCAAGAAAUGCAUGACUGGCUGGCUCUACUGAGCAUGUCCUGCUGUGAGAGCCGGCAAAUCCAGGCCCCCCCCUCCCAGCGGGCCAUCUGGUCAGUGACCUGCAAAGGGGAUAUCUUCGUGAGUGAGCCAAGUCCCGACAUGGAGGCAGCAACAAGCCCAAUGUCAUGUGACCAAAUGUUCUGGCGCCAGAUAGGUGGGCAUCUCCGAUUGAUUGAAUGCAACGGCCGUGGCAUAGUAUGGGGCGUGGGGUACGAUCAUACUGCCUGGGUUUAUACUGGCGGAUACGGAGGAAGCUUCUUCUCAGUAAGCAGCACAGACAACAUUUAUGCACAGUCGGAUGUGAAGUGUGUCUAUAUUUACGAGAAUCAGCGGUGGAAUCCUGUUACUGGAUACAGCAGCAGGGGCCUCCCCACAGAUCGGUAUAUGUGGAGUGAUGCAUCUGGCUUGCAGGAGUGUACAAAAACCAACACAAAGCCUCUGUCGCCACAGUGGUCUUGGGUGUCUGAUUGGUACAUCGAUUUUAGCGUUUGUGGUGGCACUGAUCGAGAAGGCUGGCAGUACGCAGCUGACUUUCCAGCGUCUUAUCAUGACCACAAGACAAUGAAGGACUUUGUGCGACGGAGGCGCUGGGCCAGGAAAUGCAGAUUCGUCACUAGUGGUCCAUGGCUAGAAGUCCCUCCAAUAGCCUUGUGGGAUAUUUCCAUAAUUCCUCAGUCACCGGCUGCCGAGGACAAGUUUGUGGCUCUCUGGGCCAUCAGCGACAAGGGAGAUGUGCUCUGCCGAUUAUACAUCACACCCCAAAACCCAGCUGGAACAUCCUGGCUGCACGUGGGGACAGACCAGCCCUUUGUUUCAGUCUCCAUUGGAGCAUUUCACCAGGUCUGGGCUGUUGCUCGAGAUGGCUCCGUCUUCUAUCGUGGCUCAGUAUCACCAAAGAAACCUGAAGGUGAUUGCUGGUACCACAUUCCUUCUCCUCUGAAGCAGAAGAUAAAACAAGUCUCUGUAGGGCGAACGUCUGUGUUUGCAGUGGAUAAAAAUGGCAAUCUGUGGUAUCGUCAGGGAAUCACGCCAAGCUACCCUCAAGGAUCCAGCUGGGACCACAUUUCAAACAACAUCCGCAAAGUGUCCGUCGGGCCUUUGGACCAGGUCUGGGUGAUAGCUGACAAAGUCCAAGGGAGCCACAGCUUGAGUUGCGGAACAGUCUGUCAUCGGACAGGAGUCCAACCGAUGGAACCAAAGGGACUUUCCUGGGACUAUGGCAUUGGGGGAGGAUGGGAGCACAUCACAGUAAGAGCAAACACAAUGGAAGGCGUGAAGAUCAUAUCCCAGGAAACCUCGGCAGAGCAUCCUGCUGAGCCCAACAGAUUCAAAGUUGGAGAGAGCAAAGGACAAGGAGACUCUUCCCAAAACACCAUCUUAGUGGACACGGCUCAGGGCUUGGACCGAAAUGCUGUUCAGUGUUAAUACACUCCAUUCUCUAGAGAUCAGGCAUUGCAUGUGCUCCCUUCCCACUCACUUCACACCCACCUGAUUAAUGUAAAGGUUCAGUGGAACUGUGCCUGUUUCUGAACACUCAUCUUGCCCAGACGGAAGAGGGAGUCUUGUUUGUGAGUGCUUAAAGACUCCAGUCUGCCUAAUGUUGUGGUUGCCUGUAGACCUUUGUUCAUUUCAGAGUGUGUCUUCAGGGGCUGGAGGAGCCUACCCAAGCCUCCUUGAAACUGUCAGAGAUUGCACAGCUCCAGAGCUCUGCAGAUCAAGCCCUAGAUCAGGGGGAGCCCUUGCAGAAGUUGCUGGACUACAACUCCCAUCAGCCCCAGUCAAUGUGGCCAGUGGUCAUGGAUGAUGGGAGUUGUAGCCCAACAACCUCUGGAGCUUGCAUUGUCUACCCCUGCCAUAGAUGCAUUGUUGGUUCGAACUGGAAUUUUCUGUGUGAACAUUUUUGAGGUUUCUCAGGGCUUUUCUUUUAAAAAGCAACAUUUUAAUUUAUUAUCUUAGUAAUAUUUAUUAGGCACAGUGCUGCCAAAUACCCUACAAUAACACUGGAUCUGUCUGCUUAAGCUGAGCCUUUUGUUAGGUAGUUGCUAUGUAAACUGACCUGACUGUGCAUGGAUCUCUGGUGUCUUCAUCUUUUUGCUGUUAAUAUUAUUUUCUGCAAAUCCUCUCAUGGUGUACACUAAAUCAAACCCAUAAAAUGGUGAAUUCCACAGACUGUUGCAUCUGCUGUGUGAGGUCAAGUUCUUGACCACUGGGAGCCCCUAUCCUUUUUAAAGAUGUGAGGGCCUGGGGGAAAAAACAUAUAUUUUUUUCAUUUUUUCUGAUUUUCUUUUUUCAAAAAAUUGGGGAAAAACUGAGGAAAACUUUUUUCCUUUGGCCUUCACAUCUCUUAUCCUUUCAGGGACAAUUUUGCUGAAACUAAAUCACUUAGAACUAACUCUACAUAAAACAACCACUCUCUUCUUCUUUUUUCUUUUGCAGUGCCCUUUCAAUCUGCUCAGAAAGCGUAGCCAAACAAUGAGAGUCAGGACAGUUGUAGCAGAGUGUACAGCACUGGUCAGCAACUGACCAGCCAGUAUCAAUUUCAGCGCAUGAAAUAUCCAGUAUGCUUCUAACAGCUCUGAGUGAGGAGGGUUUUUUUGUGUUUCUUGCCAUCUGGCUGCUGGGGGGGGGGGAGGAACCAAAUAGAAAAACCACCAUGUUCCACCAACCCAUUUUCAUACAGUUCCUCCCUUCCCUGCCUACCCCCAAGUUUGGGUAGUGCAGCAUUUGCCAACCUGGCAGCAGCCCCAGCCUGCAUGCUGGGAGUUGUGGUCCAACAACAGCUGGCGGGGCACCAGGUUGGCAAAAGCUGGGAUAGUGCAACAUGGUGAGUGAUUGAGGCAGAGAAGGGAAGGGGCUUGCUUGACUCCUUACCCCUUUUGCCCUGCCCUACCAGCCAAUCUAGUUGCUGACCACAAUCAUUUUCCUGUGCUUUGCAUCUAGGCAGUCAGGCUGAUCUGAGGCAAAAAAAACGAGAGAAGGGGGUUACCCCCCCUCUCUCUUUAAGUACUUUUCUUCAUGUAUACAAUUUAGUAAAAGAAAAAUGGAGAACAACUGACAAAAUCCUCACGCUCCUUUCAUCGUUCAAAGUAUCUGUCACUUAACACCAAGUGUUACAUUUCAAGAGCUCUUGCUGUGCCCUCCCCACUUCCCUCCACCUCUUUCCAGUGUGCACUUCAGCAUUUGAACCUCCCCCCUUUUUUCCCCUUUUUUUGGAGGAGAAGGAGAGAGAAAAGGAAAAUAUUUUGUUCCUGCUGCAGAUGCAAAUCUGUUCACGGGAGCACUGCAGGCAAGAACCAGUAUACUGUCAAAGCAUUUGUGAUGGAUCAAUCCGUCACAGAGCUAGGAGGUCUCUAUUGCCAAGAUUAAGGGAUUAACCAGUCGUGUAGGCUAUCCUUGCAAGUUUUGAUGAAGAGUCAUCCAUAGCACAUUUAGAGAAAGCUUAAACCCUUUUCUCAAUACCCUUGUUUUCUGUGUCAGUUUUUUUUUUAUAUGGGGGAAUGUUUUGAAACCAGUGUGGGGACAACGUGACUCUCCAGAUGUUGCUGAACUGCAACUCCCAUCAGCCCCAGCCAGCAUGGCCAAUGGCCAGGGAUGAUGGGAAUUGUAGUUCAGCAACAACUGGAGAGCCAAAGGUUCCCCACACCUGUUUUAAAGCAAACCUGUGAUUGCUUCCUCCUCCACAUACAUCAAUACUGCAGAUGGUGUCAUGCAGUAUUUUUAUGCAUGUGGAGGGUUUUUUUUUUUUUUUUUACUAAGCAGACCCUGCUAAGAUUGGGACUUACUCCAAAGUGUUUGUGCCUCAGACUUUAUCCUGGGAUGCAAGUUAAAUUCUAAAGCAGAAAAAAGGUCAAGAGUUAAAGCUUAUAGCUAGGACUUUGCAGGUUGCUCCACUAGCUCACUUUCCUGAUUGCAACUCUUGUUUUAACAGCCUCAUUGCUAGGAAAGUAUUCAAAAGGCACAGCCUUUUGCCUUCACUGCAGCCCCAUCACAGGAAAAAGAUACAUAUGUUGCAUUGUGCACCUAUUAAAGGCACAGCAACCUUAGGAAAGGAGGUAUUUAUUGGGCAUCUGAGCUGGGCAGGUGGAGCCUAGAAGAAUUUAAUAGGUAUGAGAUCGAUGGGUAGUAUGAGUUGCCGUAUGUAUGUAAUAAUCUCUGUGGGUUUUUUAUGUACACUAGACUAAAGUUUGUGGGAAUAGGUCUUGGUUGAAGAGAACGGCUUUGGUGAAAAGCCAAUUCAGCAUCUAGGAAAUUCUGAUUACUUUCAUUGAAAGCAUGAAUCAGAGCAUGGUCACUUUGCAAGGGGGAGGUUUAUGGUCUGUAUCUUUCUCUUUUUGUAUCUUUCUCUUUUCAGCCCUGUGUGAUGAUAUAUAUAUAUAUUGCCAUGUAUGUAUGUAUGUAUGUAUAUAUAUAUAUAUAGUGCCGUGGCAUGGUUUUAGAGCAAUUCUAUAUUUGGAGUAAAUCUGUUAAUGUUGCAUGUCCUUCCAUUUUAGAGCUUAUAUAUGUAAAUGAAUUUGAUGCCAAGUAAAAAUAAUGUUUCACAAUCAGAGGUGAAGAAUAGAGCUCUUUCUUUUCCUUCCUUCUUCUUUUUUUCUUUUUCUCCUCUUUCUAGAUACUUUGGAGCAAUGCUGUUGUUUGGGAGCUCCCCCUCCAAUGGGGGGGGGAAUCCAAAGUGAUGUCAUGUUUUUAGUCCUAUGGUUAUAAAGAAAGAUCUAUGGCAAUUGCCCAAGUCUUGGUUUUAAUGUGAUGGAUUCAAAUUUCUGUAUCGGGGGGGGCUCAGGCAUGGGGCCCAUAUGUGGCCCUCCAGGCCUCUCAGUCGGUUCAUUGGAACUCUCUCCAGGCCCUGCUUUGCACCCUGUGUGUGUUUGCCUGGUUGGAACUCUGAUAAUGCUUCCUGCUUUCCCAGAUGGAUGACAGAGAGAGGUUAAUGUGUGUGUGCGGAAAUUAUUAAUUAAUGUUGUUGUUAUUAUUAUGAUUAAUAAUAACUAGUCUACUGUGCAAAGGUAAAAUCUACAUUUGUUGCUCUGCCCACUUUUGCCUUUGGCACCACCCACCAUUGGCAUGCGGCCCUUGGAAGAUUGCCUAGAAGGGAAUGUGGCCCUCAGGGUGAAAAGGGUUCUGCACGUCUGAUUUUGAUCAUCUACCUGUUAGGUUUGCCUUCUUUCUCUAUUGGGGAGAGUGGGGGAAAGGUUUUUUUCCCUUUCAGACACCAAGGGCGUAAUCCAGCAGGAGUCUUUCUGUUUAAGCCCCAUUGCAACUGAAUGGGGAGUUGCAGAAGGACCUGGUUUACAUUCCCCAACAACAGCCAUGCAUUUUAUGGUAAGCACUAAUGAAUCAAUUGAAUGAGCUCAAAAUGUAAACCUGACACAUUUUUAUGCUUUGUAUGCUUUAGGUAUCAAAUAGCAGUGCUGUGUGUUUGAGGUGUGCAUGUUCCAAUAUUCCACAUUACACCAACUUGAAUGAAAAGCCAUCAGUGAAAGAAGAAAAUGCUCUUGUGAAAUAUUUA